AUGUUUUCUCAGACUGGGAACUUCCAGCAACAGGGAUCCGGAGGCCCCAGCGGUGGAAGAUCUGCAGGCUUUGGAUUCAACAACAAUAACAACAACAACAGUAACAACCAAAGUUUUAAUAAUGGAUCUACUGGGGGCCCAGGCUCUGCUUUCUCAUUUUCAUCUUAUAAUCCUUUUCAAGCUGCAAGACAGCAACAGCAAUCUACCCCAGCCACUACAGGUCCCAUAAAUCCAUUUGGAAAUACAGGAACAACGACGGCAUCUACUGGAUUUUUAAAUAACAAUAGACAAAUGAAGCCCCGGCGAUCAAAAAAUAUGUCUAUGACGUUCAAUAAUGGUGUUCCUAAUGCAGCAAAUAAUAAUCCUUUCGCUAAUAAUUCUAACAAUAGUCCUUUUACAAAUAAAACUAACAGUCCAUUUACUCGAACUAGCUUUAAUAAUAAUAAUAAUAAUAAUAAUAAUAAUAAUAAUAAUAAUAACAAUGAUAAUAAUAUCAUUAACAAUACCAGUACUAGUACUAGUACCAGUAACAAUAAUAACAAUAAUAAUAAUCAAGGACAAGGACAAGGACAAGGAAGGAAGCGUGGUAGUGGGCGUGGAGGUCGUGGACGUGGAGGCAACCAAAAUUUUUCUUCAUUUACCCACAUUAAUACACAGCAGUCUUCGAUGUCUACCCCACAAACUCAACCAAAUCCUUUUAUUUCUUCUCCGCAAAUUCAACAGACUCCGUUCAUAUCAUCACAACCUUCGCAGGCUCUUUGUUCAACGCCAACUCUUCCUACACCUUCAGGCUUUAAACAGCGUCAAAGAAAUCCCAAAGUUCCACUACCAUUCCUCGUAGAAGAAUCUGCAUCUUAUACAAAUAUUAACCGCACUCCUGAUCCAUGGGAUAUGAACAAUCAAAAGGAGCUUCUUCGAACUGAGCAGCUUCAGUAUUCUGGUGUUGAUCUCGAAACUCUCUACAAAAAAAUGCAAGAAAUGCGCGAGUUUGAACGCAAACAAAUGGAAGAUAAAGGCCUUGUCGACAAACAAAAUGUUAGAAAAAAUUUAAAGGACGCAAUUGUCUUUAUUGGUACAUGUGAAGACAUGUGCCCUACAUUUGAGCGUGUCCGGAGAUCUUAUGAACUUGAUACAAAACCACAAGAGCGUGGUCCCAAUGGCUAUGCAACGCGUGAGCUUGCAGUAAAAGCAUUUUCUCGACCAGCUGCUGGCCAACCACCACCCCUUCCAUCAGACGUCCGACCACCGAAGGUUUUGGUAUCUUCUUUAAAAUAUCUUAUCGACAAUGUAGUCCCUCAGUUGCCCAAGAGUCAUACUUUCCUUUGGGACAGAACGCGCUCAAUUCGACAAGACUUUACUUACCAAAAUUAUAUUGGUCCUGAGGCGGUAUUAUGCAAUGAGCUUAUUGCACGAGUACACAUUGUAUCUCUUCACAUUAUGUUGACUUCUGAUGUGGAAUAUUCAAAGCAACAGGAGCUUGAACAGUUUAACAAAACUUUGCAAACUCUUUCAGAACUUUAUGCCGCAAAUAGGAAACUUGACCCUAGUUUUCGUUCGCCAAACGAACCAGAAUUUCGUGCAUACCAGUUACUUAGUCAUAUAAAUGAUACUGAAACUCUCAUGCAUAUUCAGGCUCUUCCUUUUGAUAUUUUAAGAGAUGCUCGUCUACAACUUGCAUUAACCUUGCGAUCUCUAGUUCAACAUGUCUCUAGAAACAAUCCAGACAAUGCAUUUAAUCUUUUUGCUUCAUUUUUCAAUACAUUAGUCAAAAACACUUCAAUACCCUAUCUUUAUCUUUGCCUUUUGGAAACACAUUUUAGCGACAUUCGUUCAAAUGCUUUGGCUUCUAUGGCACAUGCAUAUCAUUCUCGUGGAAGCCCGUACAUUGUUCCUCGCUUAACAUCGAUGCUAGGCUUUGACAACGAUUUAGAUACAAUCAGCUUUUGCACAGACUAUGGCUUAAAGGUGGUUGAUGAUGCUCAAGCAGGUCAGUGUAUUAUCGUCACUAUUGAUCCUAAAAAUCUUACGCCUUCCACUUCAGCGGCAAAAACGUAUAAAUCGAUUUUUAUUGACGCCAGAAAAGGCCCCAAGACUUGGUCGGCCUGCAUUUACAAUGAAACCAGUGGACUUGUUCCUACAAAACCUUUUGUUUCUGUAAAAGCAACCCAAGCUAUGCAACAAAUGAAGCCUCUCAGCACAGGGUUUUCGAACAAUACAAUCAAUAGUAAUGCUGCAACUUCAUCAUCUCUAAAAUUUUCCUUGACACCCAGUGUUCAGCUUGGAGGUCCAAACCAGUUUGAUGGAAUGAACCAAUCUACUUUUGUUUCACCGACACAACCAAAUGUAUUUAAUGCACCAAGAUCAUCAAAUGCAUCUCAAAUAAAAUCAACUAUUGGUGGGAGUUCUACUUUUGAAAAACCGCUUUCAGUUCAACCAACUUCAUUUUCAUUUGGACCUACAAAAACGGUUCCUGCUCUAUCUUUCUCUGCACCAACCCCUUCACCUGCACCCGCUUCGGUUACAGCUGUUCCUAUAUUUAACCCAUCGGCAACUUCAUUUUUAACUAACAAAUCCAGUCCACUUUCUGCAACACAAGAUGAAAAACCAAAGACUCCAUUAUUUUCUUUGAACGAACCAAGAGGACAAUCUAAACCUUUUUUUACUGAUUCUCCCAAACUAAAUAUCAGCUUCAAUAAGAAUAUUGUGAAUCCAACCAAAGAAGCUGUGGCACAGAAAGUGCCCGCAGUCGUUCCUCCACAGCCAAUCAUUAUAGCAAAAUCAAAACCCAAAUAUUAUUAUGAUGAUGAAGAUAUUCAUUCAGAAGCUAAAAAGCUUUUGAAAGCCUUUGUUGUUAGAACCCUUAGGGAAAAUAUCAUCCCUGGAGCAUGGAAACAAGUUCAGAGAGAACGUGCUGAUAACAUCAAACGCAGAAAUGAAGCUUGCAAGAGUGAAAUGAAAGACAUGAUUCAUGAACUCUUAGUCGAGGAGGCAAUGGUUGCUAAGGCGAAACAGUUUGAUUCUUUACGCCUUAAACGCUUGGCUGUAAGAUGUAUUUCGGACGCGGCAUACCGGGCAGUUGUUAGAGCCGAAGAAAAGGAGCGCAGAAAGGAAGAGUACCUUCACAUUAAAAAUCAACUGGGGCGACCACGUAUGAUUUCAUCACCAACUCCAAUUUCAAGAAGCUCCCGUGGCUCAGCUGAAAAAUUAAGUGACUUUAAUAUUAGCAGAAGUGAUACCAACAAUGAUAGUACAAAGUUGCGGCUUUCUGGUAGACUAAAUGAUUCUACAAUACAAACACAAGAACAAAUCACGGCAAAAAUAAAUCAGGCUCAACAAGUCGCCAAUCGUUUAUGGAAACCAUUAGAUCUAGCUACAUUGAGUCUUCCACGAUUAGAGCGCUCUCUAAAGUCACAAGUUCAUCUUUAUGGCAAAACUAAAGUUAUUCUUUCUUGCUUUUGUCGUGAUUGGGACUCGGUGGCUGGAAAAUGGAUCAAAACAAAAUUUCAACUUGAGGGACCGGAAAUUUCAAGUAAUUCCGGAACCACUGUGCUGGAAACUCAACAACUUCGAGACGACGAUCUUUCAUAUCGGAAUUUGAUACAAUUAGCCUUUGUCUGUGGUUUAGAUGAUGAUGGUCGACCAGUGGAACGAAAUGCUGAGGAAAGUAUUUCUCAAUAUGAUGCAGCAGCAUUGGCUGCAAUUUUACAGCGAGUAAUUCCAAACUCUCUUUUUAAAGUACAACUACUGAUUGUUUCAUGGACAAAUCUUUCUGAACAGGAUGUUCUAAGUCUUUUAAAGAUUAAUGACUUGAAGAAGGAACUCGCAUCGAUAACCUUUUGCUCUAUUCCAAACACAUCGCCAAUCAGCCAAGGAAAAAUAUCUGAUCCAAGUCAGGAGCUUGAAGAUGCAAUUGAUUCUAUGACAGCUCAGUUUUCGGCUCUUCCAUCGAUUCGAGGUCAAGAGGCUCGAGACCGAGAACAAAUUCAGAGACAAGCAGAACGUCGCGAACGCCAGAAUCGUGAACUUUUAAAAGACCAAAAUUUGUUAAAUUCUGUACAGGAACAACGGUUUCAACAAAUCCAGGGUAUGAAAUGGCUUAAUCAGUUUAGUGUUCCAGUAAUUAGUCCAGGGAAUAAGCGUAAGAGAGUUAUGGUAACAAAUGAGGCGGUUAAUGGAUUCACCCAAUUUCCUAUACCUGCUUCCCAAGUUUCAUUACAACACGCGGAACUUGAAAAUGUUGCCACCCCCUUGCGCCAAAACCAAGCAUUCCAACUUCCUGACACCCCUGUUACGCCAAUACAAAUAUCUUCGGAGUCUUCUUCGUCUCAGAAUUUUUUUUCUACACCGCCUUCAUCAUCAUCACUAUUGCAUGGUGAUUCUGGAAACAGUAUCCCAGUGCCCAAGAGUGUGCUGGAGCUGCAGGAGCUCACAGCAUCUGUACUUAAACGGCCAAAGGUUAAUCAAGUUUGA